GACUAGUGGACUGGUAAUAAUUCAAGGACGUGAUCAAGCCUUUCUGUAUCACUGUACACGACGAACGGCCUGGUGCAUUGCAGUUCCAGAUGCACGAGGAGGUCGACGCAAGGGGCACGCCACGGAUCCUGAUGGUCGAGCUUUAAGUCUUAUGUUCUUAACGACUGUGACCUGUAGCGUAAUCACGACGACCUUUGCGAUCAGUACUGAUUCCCGACCAGCUACGAGGAUAGGGAGGCUCUGGACGCACAUUACGCCAAACCCUGUUUCAAGCAAUUGCUCGAAAUGUUUGAAAGUGAGAAAUUGCUUUGCUCAGGAACCCGUGCUGGUUUAUGGCAAAGCUACUGCUGGCUUCAAAACUCGUAGAUUGUCCGCGGGCUACUAGUAACAAGGGCCGCAGUGUACUGCUAGUUGGUCGGCUUCCCUAGCAUAGUCGCCAAAAGCAGAUACAAGCCGUA